CCUCAAGUAAUUUAAUUUCUACAAAUAUUAAUUAUUCAUAUGAAACAUUCUUUAAAGAUGACUACUCAUGUGGAAAAGAAUAGCCAACAAGAAGAUCAAGUAGCAUGUGAAGAGAUUCUAGAGAAUGUUUGGGCAAACUUCAUAUCCAAGAAUGAUCAAAAUUCUCAAAGGGUGACAAAUGAAAAAUAUUGGGAACAACUUCCAUGGAUAUCAAUGGGAGCUGAAACUUGGGAAGAUAUUCUUGAUGGAAUUAUUAUUCCUCCUCAUGAUGACAACAAAAAUUCAAACAACGAAUCAACAAGCAAAGAUGAUGAAGACGUUGUCAACAUUGAGAAGAAGAAGGAGAAAAAGAAGAUGGUAAUUAAUAAUAAUACGCGACACUAUAGAGGGGUAAGGAGGAGGCCAUGGGGAAAAUACGCGGCAGAGAUAAGGGAUUCAUCAAGAAAAGGAGCUAGAGUUUGGCUAGGGACAUUUACUACUGCUGAAGAAGCUGCUAUGGCUUAUGACAAGGCAGCUUUGAGAAUUAGAGGUCCCAAGGCCUACUUAAAUUUCCCACUUGAAAUUGUUGCUCAAACCAUGGGAAUAUCUAAUUUUCCUCAUGAAAAAGAACGGACAUUUUCAUCAUCAAGUCAACAUAAUUCAAGGAAAAGGGUAUCAAGGGAUUGGAACAUGUAUGAAAAUUUAGAUGAAAUUAAUCAAUUGCCUGUGGAGAAGAAAAUUAUGAGAAGCAUGGAGGAGGAUCUUUUGAAUGACUUGGAUAUCCUAGAGUUUGAGGAUCUUGGAAGUGAUUAUUUGGAUAGUUUAUUAUCCUCUUUGUGAUAGAACAAAUAUUGUAAGUUUU